CCUUGUUCUAGUAACUUCCCAAGCAAAUUUAACAACAUGCAUAGUGGCGAAGAUCCGGAUGGCAAAUUACUUUUUUACACUUUUCGGUAUUUAAUUUAUAUGGGCAUUUCGGCCCAUGAUUAUGAUUACAAUACAAAAAAACUCAUCUACAAGCAAUGGGCAGGUGACUAUUGUGCCGUUGUUGACUGUUUUUUUCUUGUGACGGGCCCAUUUUAUACCACGUACAUUUCAAAAUAUCUGAGGUGUGAAGUUUUUAUGACAAGGUACACUGCAAUGUACAUGAAUUGUCUCAUACUGAUGGCUCAGUUUAUUGGCAUUGCAUUAAGCCGGUUUGGAAAUUGGCUACAGCGCAAGCAGACCAUAUUUAUUUAUGACGAAUUGAAUAAAAUAAGGCUUACUGAGUUCCCCUUUCCUCGGGAAAGAUUUAACAAAAUUCGAAAUGAAAUAAAGAUGGUUAUUUAUUCAAAAAUAUUAUGUUCGUGUUUUGUAACACUGGGAUUGUCAGCAAUUAUUGUGUACCAAUCAAAGGGUGGCCUCGUGAUUGAUUAUUACUGGGCCGUAUUAUCGAUCUUUGUAUUGAUCAUCUUGAUUGCAAUGGAGAAUCAAAUAUGUGUUGCAAUGAUUUUCGGGGCGUAUAUCUUCAAGAUGCUAAAUUGUCGCCUUGUAUGGGUAGUCGAAGAAAUAAAUUCGCUGUGCGAAAAAAAAGCUGAGCAUAUUGUGAACCGAAAGACAGGACUUUUAUGCUAUGAAAUGAAAAAUAUUGGAAGAAUUCAUACAAGUGUGUUGAGCCUCAUUAUCAAAUACAAGGAUACUGUCAACAUGCAUAUACUUCUUAUUAUGUCAUCCAUUAUUCUUUCCCAAGUUUACUACGCUUAUAUCUUUCUCAUUCUUUUAAAUGGGACUUAUUCGGAUGGUGAAUUUCAAAAAAUGUGUGCAUUUGCAACGUGUUUCAUUUCUUUCGUAGAUCUAUGGCUAAUGGUUUAUAUUUGUGGCGAUGUUAUUGAGUCAUGUGAUUCUUCUGGAAAAACUUUGGGAUCGCUUUCAACCUACAAUAAACUUAAUAAACAAUUAGAAACAAGGGUUCAAAUACUUACGUAUCAGUUUAUACGAGAGAAAAUGGAGUUGAUGAUUUUUGGAAUGUUCAAUUUGAAUUGGGCGACAGGAUUUGUUAUGACGGGUGUUGCUGUUGAGUACUUAAUAAUACUUGUGCAAUUUGAUUACCACGAUUUUGAUUUUUAAAUUAAGUUUUUAAACCACGGAUUUUGAAGUGAUGAAUCAUUUUAUCCAGUAAUUAGAUGUGUCCAGUGUUUUGUUUGUUAGAUUUCAGCACCGUGUCGUAGGUCUUCUACCCGCUUUUUGUCAAUAAAAUAAUUUACAUAUAUUUUAUGUGGUUGGCGAUCAAAAUCAAAAUUUAUAAUUCUGUAAUAAAUAAUACAAAUU